AUGAAAGAACCUUGGGGCAUGUUUGGCGGUGUUAUUUUAAAGAGCGAGAAUUUUACAGGUUUAGGCGUUUUAUAUUAUCCGGUUCUUUCUUUUAUAAUUCAAAAGUAUUCCUGUGAAACAAUUAAGAGUAAUAUUUUAUUCUGGUAA